GGCGGUCAAUUGGAGUUUGAAUUGUCCUUGGGUGCGUGCUGUCGGGUGCUGUCUUUGCGUGGUUGUGUUUGCGUCGUUUGCCAGCAUAUGUGAUUACUAUAAACGUGAAUUAGACUAUUGUAACGCUUUGUUUUUCUUUGUUUGUGCAUGUACUAGGCUUUAUUUGUCGUACAAUUCGUUGUUUGGUCUAUCGGUUGCUUGCGAUGUCAACGAACCGGUGGGUUCUUGUGUUUUUCUGUAAUUUAGGUUAUACGUGCGGUAUUUUCUUGAUGGUUAUCGAUCAUCCCUGUAUUUCAAUGUUGUUUUUUUACGAUUUAUCUUGGAAUAGUUUCCGUUGCAGGUAGUCAAUUCGAGUGACAGGAGCACAGAUUUAAGUGGAAUUUUUGCUGAAUACAUACUUGGAAGGCGUUUCUUCAGCUGGGAUGAAUUUGAGAAGUCAUUAGCAGAAUUUCAAAAAGUGAGGAAGUCAUUUAAUGCUAACAGUGUAGUUAUCCUGCACUCACUAUGUUCAUAAUUGCAGCAAAACGAUACCGGAUGACAGGUUUAAGUACGCUUAUGUUGGUUUUAAAUGCACUUUUGGAGUGAAUCGUACAAGACCUGGAUUGAAAUUGAAAAACAAGUCGUAAGAAGAAGUGUAUAUGAUUUCAUGAAUAUUUCAGGUCUAAAUGUUGCAAUUGCUCGUCUUCAUUUCGCGUGGUUUUGCAUUAUAGUGAAUACAUAAUUGCUUCCCACAAUAUGGUGCAUAACCAUCCAUGCAGCAGGGUGUACAUGCAGAAUGACCCAUGGUAUAGACGACUAACAGUUGAAGAGAAAGAAAAUAUUGAACCACUUCUUCAGCAAUCCCACUCAUCCGAUGAAAUAAUAAUGCAUGUUAAGGAGAAGUACCACAAGGAUAUAACUCGCAUUGACGUUAAAAAUAUGAAAGCCGCAGUGAAUAAAGGUAUUUCGAGUCGUCGUGACAUUUUUGAAUUCCUAAAAUCCCGUGGGAAGUUAAUGGAGUAUUAUUCCGAUGAACCGAUCAGGAAUUCACUAACAAGAAUUUGUUUUGCAACUUAUGAGCAAAUGGAAUUGUAUAAACAGUUCCCUGAAGUUGUUGGUAUCGACUCGACGUAUAAUACAAAUAAGGGAAGUAAGUUUACCAAUUCAUUAAUCAACGUGCAGGUAUUCUUUGUUCCAAUUACUUGUGACGGAUAAUUUUGGUCGUGGACGACCAGUUUUAUUUGCGUGGACUAGAAAAGAAUUCAAACGAGAUGUAGUUUGGAUAUUAGACUGUUUCCGGCAAAUAAUGGAAGACACCUUCAAAACAGAAUCCUUCAUUAUGGAUUGUGCGCAAGCUGAAAUAGCAGCCGUCAAGUUAACGCACAGACAAGCGCACAUUGUUUUGUGUUCUUUCCAUGUUUGCCGAGCUUUCUGUCGUAAAAGUUAUUAGCAGAUUGGAUGCUACUGUCAGUCAAUAUCUACAACGUCGUUGGAUGCAUCGACGAGAAUUGUGGGCAGCAUGUUUCAGAGACAACGUGCUGACUUUUGGGAAUGAUACAAAUAAUCGCGUCGAGAGUUCCCACAAGCAAAUGAAACGGUACUUGCAAAGAUCUGAUAGUCUGCAUAAAAGUAUGCUAAAGGUGUAUAAAUGGUAUAAACGAAGUUUUUCAAGAAUACAGCAGGAGGCGAAUAUUGCUCAGUCACGAUGCUUCACGUAUCCCUGUUCACAACGUCUAAUCCCAAUUAUACGAUUGCUGACGCCAUACGCCGCGAGGAAGGUAAUACGUGAAUACCAAUGGCGACGAUGGGCUAUUGUUGAGUUUGAAUCCUUUGAUUAUGUAUUCUUCAAAGAAAAUGGGAAUACAGUGGAGGUUGAUCUGAGUGCUUGCACCUGCACGUGCUUUACAUUUCAGACCUGUCGGUACCCCUGCCGACACUUGCUUUUGGUCCACUUCAGAAAGCCGUAUUUCACAGUUAACCAUGUGAUGCAGAAUUGCAAACAAUGGGCGUGGUCACGCAACUUGUUCGCAUCUCAAUGCACGUCAGCUGUUGUCCCUCGAAAUCGAAGUGGCCCAUUCGAAACCUAUAUAAGUAU